AUGGCGGCGGCGGCGCUGAGGGACCCGGCUCAGGAUUUUGUGACCUUUGAGGACGUGGCUAUUUCCUUCUCCCAGGAAGAGUGGAAGCUCCUUGAUGAGGCUCAGAAGUUCUUUUACCGUGAUGUGAUGCUAGAGAAUUUUGCACUUAUAACAUCUCAGGGUUGUUGGUAUGGAGCAGAGACUGAGGAGGUAUCUUCUGAAUAUAGUGUUUCUGUAGAAGGAUUGUCACAAAUCAGGACUCCAAAGGCAAGUCCAUUUACCCAGAAGAAUUACUGUGAGAUCUAUAUCCCAGUCUUGAAAGACAUUUUACACCUAGCUGAGCUGCAAGCCACAUCCUCUGGACAGAAAUCAAACUUGCCUGGGCUGUCAAGAGAUUUUUGGUUGAGAAAUCUUUUAGCAAGAAAUCUGUACUCAUUCAACAUCAAAAAGUUCAUGCUGGAGAAACAUCUUAUGAAUGCAGUGAAUGUGGGAAAUCUUUUAGCCGUCGUGGUAACCUCUAUCAUCACAGAAGAUCCCACCCUGGAACUGAGGACUUGUGAUUGCGGUGAUUGUGGGAAAUCAUUUAGUGGCAAAACUAAACUCAUUCAACACCAAAGAGUUUACACUGGAGAAAGACCUUAUGACUGCAGCGAAUGUGACAAAUCCUUUCGCCAGCUAUCUGUUGUCAUUCAACACCAAAGAGUUCACACUGGAGAAAAGCCUUAUGAGUGCAGUGAAUGUGGCAAGUUUUUUAGCCACCGUGAUAACCUCUAUCGUCACAGAAGAGCUCACACUAAAGCAAGGCCUUAUGACUGCAAAGAAUGUGGGAAAUCAUUUAGUUGCAAUACCUACCUCAUUCACCAUCAAAGAUUUCACACUGGAGAAAGACCUUAUGUGUGCAGUGAAUGUGGGAAAUCAUUUAGCUAGAAAUCUGUCUUUCUUUAACACCAAAGAGUUCACACUGGAGAAAAGCCUUAUGAGUGCAGUGAAUGUGGAAAAGUGUUUAGCCACAACUCUGGCCUAUUUCGACACAGGAGGGCUCAUGCUAGAGUGAGACCUUAUGAGUGCAGUGAAUGUGGAAAAUCAUUUAGUUGCAAAACUGUUCUCAUACGACACCAGACAGUUCAUAAUGGUGUCAGGCCUUAUGAGUGCAAUGAAUGUGGAAAAUACUUUAUUCGCAAAAUUCAUCUAAUGCGACACAAGACAGUUCACACUAAUGAAAGACCCUAUGUGUGCGGUGAAUGUGGGAAAUGCUUUAGGCAAAGCUCUGGCUUCCUUCAGCAUUUGAGAGUUCACACUGGUGAAAGGCCAUAUAUGUGCAGUGAAUGUGGGAAAUCCUUUAGACAAAGUUCUGCCCUUCAGCAUCUGAGAGUUCAUACUGGAGAAAGGCCUUAUGAGUGCAGUGAAUGUGGGAAAUCCUAUUGUCAGAUAUCUGUUUUCAUUCGACAUCAAAGUGUUCACUGUGAAGAAAGGCCUUAUGACUGCAGUGAAUGUGGCAAAUCUUUUCGUCAGAUAUCAGUCCUCACUCGACAUCAAAGAGUUCACACUGGAGAAAGGCCUUAUGAAUGCAGUGAAUGUGGGAAAUAUUUUACCCACAAAUACUCCCUUGUUCAACAUGAAACAGUUCACACUGGAGAAAGGCCUUAUGAAUGCGGUGAAUGUGGGAAAACCUUCAGUUAUAAGCAUACAUUUAUUCAACACAAGACAGUCCACACUGGAGAAAGGCCUUUUGAAUGCAGUGAAUGUGGAAAGGCCUUCAGGUUCAAAUAUAAACUUGUUCAGCACCAGCGUAUUCACACUGGAGAAAGGCCUUAUGAGUGUACCGAGUGUGGGAAAGCUUUUGGGUGCAAAUCCAAACUUGUUCGGCACCAGAGAAUUCAUACUGGAGCAAGGCCUUAUGAAUGUGCUGAAUGUGGGAAAUUCUUUAGACAAAGCUCCAGCCUUGUUCAACACCGGAGAAUUCAUACUGGGUCAAGGCCUUACAAAUGUAGUGAAUGUGGAAAAUCCUUUAGCCAAAGUUCUAUCCUCAUUCAACACCAGAGAGUUCACACUGGAGAAAGACCUUAUAAGUGUGGGGAAUGUGGGAAAUCUUUUAGACAAAGCUCCAGCCUCAUUCAGCACCAAAGAGUUCACACAGGAGCAAGACCUUAUGAGUGCAACGAAUGUGGGAAAUGCUUUAGCCAAAGCUUCAGCCUUAUUCUACAUCAGAGGGUUCACACUGGAGAAAGACCUUAUGAAUGCAGUGAAUGUGGGAAAUGCUUUAGCCAAAACUACAGCCUCAUUCAACACCAUAAACUUCACACCAGAUAA